AUGUUUCAAGUGCCUGUGGAAAAUCUGGACAAGGUCAGAAGUAUGCGGCCAUGGGUAAAGAGCAUGCUUCUGAAGAUUGGACUUGAAAAAAGCAAAGAAUUGCUGAAGAGCCUUAAAGGCUUUGACCCAAGUGACAGAUACUUUUAUAAUACAUCUUGGCCAGAUGUUGCUCCAGGGGAAUUUUUCAGAAAGCAAAUGAGAUACCGAAGCAAGCCAUACUGCUGUAGCCUGUGUGAAUACUGAGCAGAUGUGCUUACUUCUCUGAAAAAUCAUUUGCAUCGGUGCCAUGAAGAUGAGGCUGACCAAGAGUUGCAGAUCCAGUGUCGAUUUGUUUCAUGGCCUGAUGUGGUGAGCAAACACUUCCAGUUAUUCCAUGAGACUGCUGUGAAAGUUCACAGCCCCAAGGACAAGGUUCUGGGCAAUGGGAAGCCACUGAAGGAUUAUAUAAGACAUUUCACAUGUUUAAAAUGUAACUUUUCCAACAGUUCCUUCUGUAGCAUGAAGAAACAUGUUCUGAUCACCCAUUUUCACUCUUUACUUAAUGCAUAUGUUGGCUUUCAAACUAAGGAAGACCAGCAACAGCCAACAGCCAGUGAUAUUCUUUCUGUGGCAAUCACUGUACCACCUGAAAGAUACUUUUGUAAAAUGUGUAGUACCAUGAUGGGCAGGCAGGAUGAUCUGAUGGCCAAUAUUUUGACAUUAGAUAUACACAAGGAUUUGGAGAAUAAGUUGAGGUCUAUAAUUUCAGAACACAAAAAGAGGAUUCAAAAGCCUAUUGCUUCACCUAAUAAGCCUGUAGACACUCCUGUACUCUCUGUAAGCCAGCCACUUGGGCCUGUGAAUAAGUCUGUUGGAGUGAGCAAUCACUUAGUGAGUCAAGCCUUCCAACCUGGGAUUUUACCACUCACACAGCCCAUGGGGUCUACAAGUAGACCAGUGGGAGCUGCAGUCAGAUCAGUGGGGCCUGGUACUCUGUCUUCUGGCUUUUCAAAAAACCCAAGAUGUCUGGUGACCAUGCCACCUAGAACAAUUUCUGUGGGUGAGAUGGUCUCAUUGGCAGGCCUUCCUGAGGGUCAGAUGACCCCUGCUUUUGUCAUUUCUACACAGAUUGUAGCUUCUGGGGUUCUCCUCACUGGUCAAGCACUCCAGUCCAGAGUUCCCCAUGUAGGUCAGACAGUCUUCACACAGGUUCUUACCUCUCCUCAGAAAAUGUCUGGUAGUGUUUUCCCUACAGGUCAAGUGGUAUCAUCUGGGUUACUACCCACCCAACAAGUGGCAGUCUCAGAUGUCCUUGUGAACCAGGUUGUGAGCUCUGGUAUUCCUCUGCUUGGUCAGCCUGUUAACUCAGGUCCAUUUGUUGGGCCCAGUAUGCUUCAGCUCAGUCAAUCUGUUGGCACCAGCAUCCUGGUGGUGAGCCAGUUAGUAAGAGCUGACACUUCAUAGAACACCCUGUUCCUCAAGUCAGGCUCUGUUUUCAGGAAGAUGUUUCCAACAGGCUCACAGUUCAAUGGGAAGCCCCUUUACAUGCUGGACCCCAUGCCUGUCACUCUGACUAUUCCUCAGGGUGCUAGCCUCAUGACUGUUUCAUCCCAGGUGUCCACCAAAUUCCAACUCCCCAGUGAGGGUAUGCAGAUUUCCAGUGCUCCAGUCAGCUUGUCUUCCUCCCAGGAGCUGGUAAGCAAUGCAGACCAGAACAUAUUUGCUCAGGUCUCCUCACCUGAGGUGGAUACGAAUCUGGUUGCCAUACAGGACAAGCAGUGGAAAGUCUGCCCAGUUUGCAAUGUGUUCUUCCCAUGCAAUGUCUACCAAGCUCACAUGGAAGUGGCUCACAGAUAAAGUGAGUUCAACUCCAGUGAGAAACAUGAACUGGUAAAGCUGGCAGUGUGUGCACCAUUUAUGAAGUGGACAAGAGAGAGGGCCAUGCUUUGUCUCUCCUACAAAUGCCUAGUCUCUAAGGAGGAGCUAAUGUACCACUUACUCACACAUGGCAUGGGGUGCCUGUUUUGUCUAUGUACUUUCCACAGCACUCAGGGUCUCUUGGAGCAUAGCAAAAUUAAACACCGGGGGAUGAAGAAGCUGUUGUUGGAUUAUCUUAACAGGGGCUUCCAGUUGAGCCUAGAUGCUGAUGGCAACCUGUUGUUCCCCCAUCUUGAUUUCAUCAUCACUCUGCCAAGGGAGGAGAUUGGAGAACAGGAGGUCCACCUGGCUAUCCUCUCAGGCAUAUACUCCUCAUCGCUGGUGCCUGUUAAGAUGAGGUCUCAGGUUAAGGUUGUAACUCAGCUCAGAAAACAAGACCUGACCUGUCCCCUCUGUUUGACAACAUUUAUGGUAGCCAAUGCCUACAUCUUACACUUGAAGGACAGACACCAUAUUAUGCCCACUGCCUGUACAGUGCUCAUUUGUCCCACCUUUAGUUGUGUCCACUGUGGUGAAAUCUAUCCUGGAAGUUUUACUGUGGAGGCUAUCACUCUUCAUUUGCUGCAUUGUGCAUAUGUGCCCAAAGAUUGCUCAGACAUGCAAGUUCUGUCGAGUUUUGUUGAGAACAGUGAACUACAGUUUGCCAGGGAGGAAAAGGUUACUGAUUCUACCUGUCACUUCAAAAGAAAGUGGCUAGAUGUCCAUUUGGGGCCAGAAGACCUGAGGAGGAAUGGGAAAAGGCCCUUGCUUAUACUGUGUAAUGAAGCAUCAGAUCCUGAAGAAGGGACUAAUGCUGUGCCCUUGAAGAGACAAAGGAAUGAAAGCACAACUAAGGAAGUGGAGGCCAGUCAUGAUUUACUCCAAAUCCUAGCAUUAGAUCCUACCAAAUAUGGGAACUACUCCUCUGAGGAAAAAAAGCCUUUUCUUAGAGAUUAUUUCCAAAAGAAACCAUAUCCUAGCAGAAAAGAAGUUGAAUUGUUGUCAUUAUUCUUGAAGAUGGAAAAAAUUAUUGUGGCUUUGGUUUUUGUAACAAGAUGUAUUUGCUUGAAGUCAAUAGAAGACCACAGACCCUCAAUACUUCUAGGUUUUGAUAUGUCUGAACUUAAAAAUGUUAAACACAGACUGAAC